GAUCUUCUCACGUUAUCAUAACUCAAUACCAACUGAAAAACACACACUUCAACCAGAUUCCACUUCUCUCCGGCCGCUGCCGCCACCACCGUCACCGUCACCGCCACCAUCUUUUUUCUUCUAACAAAGCACCACAACCUCCCUCUCUUCAUUCCCCAUGUGUUCACGUAGAUUCUGUCUUCACUGAAAGAUCCAGUUUCAGACAACGUGACAACUAUAAAGAUUUCUCGAAUCUCGAAGCAACCCGCACUGACAACGAUGCAUAUUCAGUCUCCUCACUUUUUCCUAUCUUAAUCAACUCUCAUAUACUUUUUAUUUACCGGCAAAAACUUCUAUAUAAAUAUAUAGAAACGGGUCGGCAAGAAACGAAACUGACGGUUUUCUUUUCAAACUCAUUGUUUUUGGUAUUUUAUUUUUGCUACUUUAGUUUUCAGUUACCAUCACUUGUCACUUUUCAGCCACCAGAACCAGUUCCCGCAGCUAACACGGUAAAAAAAACAAACAAACGUACCCAGUAAUAUCCUACUCGUAAAAUAGUGUCUACAGUAUCCUAAGAGACAGAGACUACUCCCACCCCAUAAAAUAGUGUACCUAGGGGUUUCCUUGGAGACAGAUAGACUCUCCUCUCACCUCAUACCCAUUAAUAUCCUACUCAUACAAUAGUGUUCUGGGUGUCUGGGAGACAUACAGACUGCUCCCACCCCAGUUCAACAAUUCUUUUUAUUUUUAUUUUUUUUACGGUCGGUACUGACGGCAAGUACCGACGAAGAAUGUAGCUUUGUUAAAACUUGUGUAACUUGAGCUAUACGAAACGCGUGUACAAAGUUUAUGAUAGACGUUUUGAAUGAAUGAAACAAUGAAGAAAUUUAGUUGGUUUAAUCAAAUUUCGAACAAUGGGAAGUUGGAGAGGAGAUUAUCGUUGGGCGAGUACAAGCGAGCGCAAUCGUGGUCGAAAUAUUUAGUGUCUUCAGGAGGUGAGAUCAAAGCAAAGGGGGAAAAGGAGGAAGAAUUGGAAUGGAGUGCUGACAUGUCACAGUUGUUUAUUGGGAACAAAUUUGCAACAGGAAGACAUAGUAGGAUUUAUAGAGGUGUUUAUAAGCAACAUGAUGUGGCGGUUAAACUUAUUAGUCAGCCGGAAGAGGAUCGCGAUUUGGCUUUGAUGUUGGAAAGACAGUUUAUUUCUGAAGUCGUUUUGCUUUUUCGCCUUCAUCAUCCGAAUAUCAUCACUUUUUUUGCAGCUUGCAAGAAACCUCCGGUGUUUUGUAUAAUAAACGAGUACCUAUGUGGCGGUUCGUUGAGGGCGUUUCUUCAUCAACAAGAGCCAUAUUCACUAAACCCCAAUUUAGUUUUAAAGUUGGCCAUCGACAUUGCACGAGGAAUGCAAUAUCUUCAUUCCCAGGGUAUAAUUCACAGGGAUCUUAAAUCUGAAAAUCUAUUGCUCGGUGAAAAUAUGCGUGUGAAAGUAGCGGAUUUUGGUAUCUCGUGUUUAGAAUCUCAAUGUGGGAAUGCAAAAGGAUUUACGGGUACUUAUCGAUGGAUGGCACCGGAAAUGAUCAAAGAAAAGAAACACACCAAGAAAAUUGAUGUUUAUAGUUUUGCUAUUGUCAUGUGGGAGCUUUUAACUGCAUUGACACCAUUUGAUGAUAUGACGCCCGAACAGGCUGCAUUCGCAGUGUGCCAAAAGAAUGCUAGACCACCAUUACCAGCUUCAUGUCCAUGGGCAUUUCGCGAACUUAUCAACCGCUGCUGGUCUACAAAUCCCGAUAAACGGCCAGGAUUUGAUGAAAUAGUUGAAGUGUUGGAAGGAUAUGCAAAGUUGGUUGACGAAGAUCCCGACUUUCUUGCAACAUAUGAACCACGUGAAGGUCGGACAAUGUUUAAACGAUUUUUUAGAUGCCAUAAAUCAUAAGGUGAUGUUAUGGGCAUUGAUCAAGGUAUAAUUUUGUUGUUGUUUGACUUUCAAAUGGUCAAAUUUUCAAAAUGUAUGAUUGCAAGCUUUCUUCAUAUUGUUUUGUGUUUAAUUCCCUCCAUUAUUCAAACUAAAUAUUGUGUUAUGAGAGGAGUAACAUUAGUUUGUGUAAGUUUAUUGUUGUGUUAAGAUAUGAUUUUGCAUGAAUUCAAAUUAUUUAUUUCCAA